CGUUCGUCUUGUUAGUCUUGAAACCCUAAUUGAUUUGGUUCUCGUUUCUGCAAUUUACUGCUUAUGUGUUUCUUUAAAUCGUACAUUCGAAGCAAGUUGUAAUUCUGGGGACUAUAUAAACUGGUGUCUCUUAUACUGGGUCUUUGAAGUUCGAAUACUUUAGCUUUAGUCAUUAUCAAGACUUCUAGGAACGACGGAAUGGCUGACUUACCUGCUGAAUCGCCAACUCCUACUGCAACAGAUUCAGGCUCGAAAAAUUCUUCUACUACUUCACAGGAAGCUCCAUCAAUGCUUUCAUCAUGGACUAGAAAUUUAAAAAUUCCUCAGCCAUUUGUUGCAGCUCAAGAGGACUCAUCAGCAGCAGGGAAUGCUGGACGAUCACCUUUUUCGAGGUUUACUAGUGGGUUAGGAUUGCGCUCACCAACAAAGUCUCCCACUGCGGAUGAUAACCCUGAUGGAGCUUCAACACCAACCCAACCUGGUUUUCUUGGAACAAUUACAAAAGGCAUAGUCUACUCGUCUAAAAAUGCAGUUAAAGCUGUGCAGGUUAAGGCUCGGCAUGUUGUUUCGCAAAACAAACGAAGAUACCAGGAGGGAGGAUUUGACUUAGAUAUGACAUACAUCACUGAGAACAUAAUUGCUAUGGGGUUCCCUGCUGGUGACAUGAGCUCUGGGUUUUUUGGUUAUGUUGAGGGGUUCUAUCGAAAUCACAUGGAAGAAGUUUUUCAGUUUUUUGAAACAAAUCACAAGGACAAGUACAAAGUGUAUAAUCUUUGCUCUGAGAGGCUGUAUGAUGCUUCAUUAUUUGAAGGAAAGGUGGCUAGUUUCCCAUUUGAUGACCAUAAUUACCCCCCUAUUCGAUUGAUAAUAUCUUUUUGUCGAAGUGCUGACUCUUGGCUGAAGGAGGAUAUUGAGAAUGUUGUGGUUGUGCACUGUAAAGCUGGGAUGUCAAGAACAGGGUUGAUGAUCUCCAGCCUUCUUCUGUACUCGAAGUUUUUCCCCACUACUGAAGUGUCGAUGGACUAUUACAACCAGAAAAGAUGUGUGGAUGGAAAGGGGCUCGUUUUACCGAGUCAAAUUAGAUACGUCAAGUACUUUGAACUCAUCUUAACAUGUUUCAAUGGUGAAGACCGGCCUGGGCGCAGGUGCAUUCUUAGAGGAUUCCGGCUUCUUCGUUGUCCUUAUUGGAUUAGGCCCUCCAUUACAGUGUCUGAUCAUAAUGGUGUUCUCUUCUCCACAAAGAAUCAUCCACGUACCAAGGAUCUCUCUCCAGAAGAUUUUUGGUUUAGCGCACCGAAGAAAGGAGUUAUGGUUUUUGCUUUGCCCGGGGAGCCUGGUUUGUCUGAGUUAGCUGGAGACUUUAAAAUUCAUUUUCAUGAUCGCCAAGGAGAUUUUUACUGUUGGUUAAACACAACAAUGAUUGAAAACAGAAAAAUCCUGAAUACCAGUGAUCUUGAUGGGUUUGACAAGAGGAAAUUACCUGCACCUGGCUUCCAGGUUGAGGUUGUGCUAGUAGAUUUUAGUGACCCUGUUCCGUCGAAGCCACCAACCGAAACUGCUUCAAAUAAGCCAGAAGAAAGCACAGGCACCAGUGCUUCACCCGCUGAUGGAGGUGCAGCAGCCCCAUCGAGCAAUGAUAAAGACCCUGGAUAUAACAACAAAGAUGAUGUGUUCUCAGAUGGUGAGGCGGAAGGAUCUCGUUCGUCAACGAACAGGCAGCAAAAUUCAUCCAUCCCCUCAGCCGCCACCACCACCAAAUCUGAAACGAGUACCGAUGCUGAUGUGGAUCAAGUUACAAGUUUAGUGCAUUCCACCGAACAAGUUUCUUUAGGAAGUGCAAACGCCCAACAGACGCACUCCACUAGUAACCCUAUAAAAGAUGCCGCCACCGCAACUGCUGCGGGCACUGGAGUUUGCGGCUCGGAAAGUGAAUUCAAGGUAAUGGCAGCUGACGCAUCUGUUUUCAGUUUUGGAGAUGAAGACGACUAUGAAAGUGAAUAAUUCUUCAACCCUAUUCAUUGUAUUUGUAUCAUUACGGUCUGGUUCCAGCUUACAGUUCAAUUAACUGUUGUAUAUCACAAAAUACUGCCAUGGCUCGCUG